AUGUUUCAAUUCUGUUUUGAAACGGAAAAGGAUCUUCAAACUAUUCUCGGCAAAGCUCCUUUCCACUUUAAGAGAUGGAUGAUGAUCUUGCAACGAUGGGAACCGAUAGUGUCUGAUUCAUUCCCGGCUCAAAUCCCGUUUUGGAUCAAUGUCCAUGGAAUUCCACUGCACUACUGGACAGACGCUACCAUUGAAGCUAUUGGUGCUGCUCUCGGGCCAAUCGAAGUCAGGGAACCUGACAAAGCGCGUCUACGAGUUCAUGUUAAUGGACUAGAACCUCUGAUCAUGAAAAUGGACCUGCAGCUCCCGUCCAGUGAUGUGGUUGAAGUGGAAUUGGAUUAUGAAAAGCUUGAUAAGCACUGUUUCUUAUGCAAGUCCCUCACUCAUGAAAGGACGACUCGUAAUGCCCUGGAGAGAAUCGCUGAAGGAAGAAGGCGUCAAGAUGAUCGACGCUACGCUUGUGUGACUGCCAACUCACGCCAACAAAGGGAAGCUAGAUGGACAAAUGCAAGACCCACCAACCGUCUAUCGGGCUCCAACUCUUCUCUGAGUAGAGAUGAAACACGAGGGAGUUCUGAGGUAGAUGAAAACAGAAGACGCUUCGAUGAUAGGUACCUUGCUGGUAGGAGAUAUGUCUCACGAAGAUCCCCUCAUCGUAGCUACCAAAAGGAAGACUCAACCCGGGGCUCUCAUGACUCCAGCCUUCCUAAGGAAACACAUGUAGAUAACCAUCAACUCGCUCACUCAAGAGGAGCUUCGUCCCGGUCCAACCACUCCCUUGCAGACCCGGGUUCGAACCUCAAGAGAACAAACAUUGCUUCUCGACUUUCUGACCCGCGUUCAGACCAUGGCGAAGGCCGUAGCUCUGCUCUAGCAAGACUCUCACUCCCUCAAAGUGAGGAACGAAGACCAUCUAAAGAGAGACUCUCCUCUAACACCCAGUCUGAAGAACGCUUAUCAGCAAGGCAAGACUCUCGGAAGGAGUUAAUAGUGAGGAACGUCCCCCUUCUUCAGAACAAUGUGGCAUGCGCUGCUAUAAUUACUCGCCCGUCGAGUUCAAAUUUCCUUGAGGACAACAGGCUAAGGCCCUGCGACAGAUCCCCUAUCCGAACACUUAGUGAGGAUAGAGUCCAUGUCUCCCUCAGGUUAGGGCCUCUUUUCUCUGAAGAGGAAAAAGAAGACGAGGACAUAGGGGAUGAUAUUCCACAAAUGAUGGAAAGAGCUCCAUCAAAAGCAGAAGGGAAGCGAAUAGCUGGCUCUACGCAGGACCAUAAGCGUGCUCUCCGCAAUAAUAGCCACGGAGUAGCUGUUAAGAGGAGACGUGUAACCAAAAAAAACAGCUCCCCUCGUAGGAGCUCUCCUCUGAAGAAGCUAAUGGCGGAUGCAAUUCGGACUGAACUCGGAACUCAAGAACCAUUAUACUGUCCCCCCCAUCGGUUAGCAGGCGGUCUUUCCCUAUCCGGGAGAGACGAUGUGCAGGUAGAAAUUCUUUACUCCUCACCUAAUGUGAUUGAUACCAGGAUAGAGGCACAUGGCACGUUCUGUUUCGUGUCAUUCAUAUACGGAGCCCCUAACCCAGCAGACAGACCUUCCUUUUGGAGUAAACUGACUGAACUGGGUACAGACAGAGACGAUGCUUGGCUGCUCACUAGAGAUUUUAACGAUCUACUUGACAAUUUAGAAAAGGUUGGAGGUCCUGUCCGUUGGGAAGGAUCCUUCCUAUCGUUUCGAAGUUUUGUCUCCCAAAUGGGCCUAUGGGACCUUCAACACUCCGGCAACCACCUCUCCUGGCGUGGAACGCGUUACAAUUAUUUCAUUCAAUCUCGUUUGGACCGAGCAAUGGCUAAUUGUUCUUGGUUCGAGCGCUUUCCUGCCGGUAGAUGUGAAUACUUGCGUUUCGAAGGAUCGGACCACCGCCCCAUUAUCAUUCAUUUUGAUGUCUCUACUCAGCGCAAGAAGGGCCUCUUUCGGUUUGAUAGGAGGUUAAAAGAUAAACCGGAGAUUCGACAAUUGGUGGAAGAACAAUGGAAACAGCACCCUCUGGAAUCUGUCUUGAUCAGAGUCGCUAAUAUCCGGCAUGGAAUCAUCAAGUGGUCGGGGGAGCAAAAUUUAAAUAGCAACAUCUCCAUCAAGAAGGCACAAGAAGAAUUAGAAGAAGCACUUUCUAACCCGGAACCAGAUAACGCUCGCAUUGGAGAGCUAACUGCAACUUUGGAAGCAGCAUACAAAGAAGAGGAGCUGUAUUGGCGACAAAGGAGUCGUAUUCUCUGGCUUCAAUGUGGAGAUCGGAACACAGGUUACUUUCAUGCGGCAACCAGGGGUAGGCGUGCUGUCAACAAAUUCUCAGUUAUUGAGGACACGGAGGGUAAAGCGGUCUAUAAGGAGGAAGAGAUCGUCCAGAGCAUCACGACCUACUUCUCUCGAAUCUUCUCAGCUCAGAUGUCCGACUCAUCUCUUACGGCACUCGAGAUAAAAGAAGCACUCCUUGCUAUCAACCCGGACAAGGCUCCAGGGCCGGACGGUUUUUCUGCUAGCUUUUACCAGACCUUCUGGGAUAUUAUAGGAGAUGAUGUGGUCAAUGACAUUCAAGCAUUUUUCAUCUCCAGUGCACUAGACCCUCGCCAAAAUGAAACCCACGUUCGUUUGAUCCCCAAGAUCAAAGGACCACGGAAAGUUGCUGACUACCGCCCAAUUUCUCUCUGCAAUACGCAUUACAAAAUCAUAGCCAAGUUGCUUACCAGAAGACUGCAGCCCCUCCUACCUCUUCUGAUCUCAGAACAUCAAUCGGCGUUUGUCAAAGGACGAGCCAUCUCAGACAAUGUGUUGAUAACACAUGAAAUCCUUCACUACCUUCAACACUCUGAUGCGAAAGUGCGUUGCAGUAUGGCGAUAAAAUCAGAUAUGAGCAAGGCUUUUGACCGGAUUGAGUGGAGUUUUCUACGCAAAGUACUGACGAGAUUUGGCUUCCAUGAGGUUUGGAUAUCCUGGAUCAUGACCUUUGUGACAUCAGUGACUUACUCAUACUUGGUGAACGGCGCAGCACAAGGGAAAGUGAGCCCGUCUAGAGGAAUCAGACAAGGCGACCCUCUGUCGCCCUACCUUUUCAUUCUUUGCUCGGAAGUCUUAUCGGGUUUAUUGAAGAGGGCGCAGGAAACAGGAGAAGUCGUAGGGGUCAAGGUAGCUCGCGGAUGCCCGGCUAUUAACCAUCUCUUAUUCGCUGAUGACACUAUGAUCUUCAGUAGAACAGACCCCCGAAGCUGCAAAGCCCUGAUCUCUAUUCUUCGGAAAUACGAGACGGCAUCUGGGCAGUUCAUCAACUUGGACAAGUCAGCAAUUACCUUCUCCUCAAAGACUCCAGGAGCAACUAAGAGACGAGUUAGAGCCGAACUACACAUUCUUAGCGAAGGAGGACUUGGUAGAUACCUAGGACUCCCGGAGCACUUCGGCCGGCGUAAGAGAGACAUCUUUGCUGCGUUGAUUGACCGUAUCCGCCAGCGUUCACACAGUUGGACCACUCGUUUCCUUUCUGGAGCAGGGAAAUUGAUCCUCUUGAAAUCAAUUUUGACUGCCUUGCCAACCUACACGAUGAGUUGUUUCAAACUCCCGAUGUCGCUUUGCAAACAAAUCCAAAGCAUCCUUACGAGAUUCUGGUGGGAUAAUACCCCGGGAGUCAAGAAGAUGGAUUGGGUUUCAUGGGAGAGAAUGGCUAGGCCUAAGAGUGCGGGUGGACUUGGUUUCAGGGAGAUUGCUCAAUUCAAUGAUGCCUUGCUAGCAAAAUUGGCGUGGAGAAUACUCAAAGAUCCAACGACACUGUUGGCAAAGACCCUCAUCGGGAAAUACUGUCUUCACUCACCUUUCUUCGAAGUUCAAACCCCUGCCAGUGCGUCUCAUGGGUGGCGUGGAAUAUUGAUAGGUAGAGAUCUUCUUCUCAAAGGAAUGGGUUGGGCCAUUGGCUCGGGAAGCGAUGUUGGAAUCUGGACCGAACCGUGGCUGUCAACGACGGAACCAAAGGCUCCAAUUGGACCCCCAACUGCAGAUACAAAAGACUGGAAGGUUUGCAGGCUCAUCCUUCCUGGAACCAACGACUGGGAUGUUUCAAUGAUUCAGCAAGUUUUACCUCUUUAUGAAGAGAGCAUAAGGAGGCUGGUUCCUAGUGCCUUCCUAGCACCUGAUGAAAGAGUAUGGCUACCUAACGCAUCUGGUUUGUACACUACGAAGUCGGGUUAUGCACUUGCAAAGCUCUGUGUGGGAACCGCGGAUGAUCAAGCCUUCAACUGGAAAAAGGGAGUCUGGCAAGUUGAUACAUCCCCUAAGAUCAAGCACUUUCUCUGGAAGGCCAAUAACAGAGCCUUACCCGUCGGCUCUGUUCUAGAAAGAAGAGGUUUGUCCCUGAAUCCUGUUUGCAAACGAUGCGGGGCUGUGGAAACAGAGCUCCAUGUGCUCCUUAAGUGUCCUUUCGCAGCAAAAGUUUGGGACUUGGUCCCUAGCUUAUUCAAACCUGUGAUUGAUGACGUUGGUUCAGUUACAGCCCUCCUUCAAACAUGUCGAAAAAUGGUAUCUCUGCCUCCAUCUGGGUUGGGCACUACGCCAAUCUAUCCUUGGGUUUUAUGGCUACUGUGGACAAACAGGAACAAACUGCUCUUUGAAGACAAGUUCUUCUCCGAGGAAGCUACUAUUCUAAAAGCUUUACAGGAUGCUAGAGCUUGGAAAGCAGCUCAGACAGUUGUCGGAAAAUCCUUUCUACCACAUAGUGUGGUUUCACCUUUACAUGUUACUCAUGUUGAUGCUUGCACUUGGUCCUCUUUUUCAGAUGCAGCAUGGGACUCCACCUCAGGGAACUGCGGGAUUGGGUGGCUCAUCCGAGACUCAUCAAAUUCUUUUUACGAAAGUUCCUCCGCGUACCGGCGUUACGUUCCUUCAGCUCUGGUGGCUGAAGCGUUGGCGGUUAAAGCAGCUUUGACAGCGGCAAUCUCCUCACAUAUCAGCAGCCUUCUGGUCUGUUCUGAUUCAAAGACCCUCAUCUCACUCUUGAAGUUUCAUGGGCAGGAUGUGGCUCUGAAAAGCGUGCUCCACGACAUAAGAUUCCUGGCGCGCUCUUUCACCUCUAUCUCUUUUCAGUUUAUCCCGCGUUUAGCAAAUGUUCAAGCUGACUCUCUUGCUAAAGCAGCUUUAGUUUCUAUGCAUGCACCUGUUUAUGUUGUUGUCUGA